AUGUUAGGCGCCGAGGCUGAUGGCUCUUCCGCCGCCCGAUCGCCAGCGCACAUGGCAACCACCACUGUAAAUGUGGAGGGAAUGACGUGCGGCGCGUGCACGUCCGCAGUAGAGGGCGCUUUUAAAGGCGUCGAUGGUAUUGGUGAGGUGUCGGUGAGCUUGAUGAUGGGCCGGGCUGUGGUACACCACGAUCCAAAAGUACUAUCGCCGGACAAAGUCGCCGAAAUAAUCGAGGAUAGCGGCUUUGAUGCGACGGUUAUCUCUACAGAUAGUCUAGCGGGCCCAUCGGGUGGUACAGCCACAGUCGAGGAGAAAAAAUCAAUGGCCUCAACCACCACGUUGGCGAUUGAAGGGAUGACAUGCGGUGCCUGCACAUCAGCGGUCGAAGGGGGAUUGAAGGAGGUAGCUGGCGUGAGAUCAGUCAAUGUUUCAUUGCUUUCGGAGCGAGCGGUUGUAGAACACCAUGCAUCUACUGUUACACCCGAUCAGCUUGCGGAAAUCAUUGAAGACCGUGGCUUUGGCGCUAAGGUGCUGGACACCACUACGCCUCAGAGCGGAUCUUCCCAGGAGACCACUGAAACUACGUCGCGACUGAUGGUAACUACUGUUUCUAUAGACGGUAUGACAUGCGGCGCAUGCACGUCAAGUAUAGAAAACAUUUUCAAUGGCGUGGAUGGGUUGGUCCAAUUCAAUAUAAGCUUGCUCGCUGAGCGCGCUAUCAUCACUCAUGAUCCCGUGGCUUUACCGUCGAAGAGCAUUGUAAACAUGAUUGACGAUGCUGGUUUUGAAGCGACCAUUCUGUCUUCAGAGCCGCAAGCUCCUGUCUCGAAUGCCGUCGGCCGAGUCAUGCUGAGCCUUCAUGGCUUGCGAGACGCACCCUCGGCGGGUGCGCUAGAGGAGUCCCUUCUUCAGAAGCCAGGUAUAUCCUCAGCAUCGGUGGACAUCGCUACUUCGCGGAUAACGGUAUCCUAUGACAGUUCGGUAAUCGGGGUUCGCUCAAUUGUGGGGGCGAUUGAAGCCGCCGGAUACAACGCCCUACUCGCGGAUACGGAUGACACCAACGCGCAAUUGGAAUCCCUGUCCAAGACAAAGGAGGUCCAGGAGUGGAAGCGCUCCUUCUUGUUCUCUGUCUCAUUUGCCGUUCCUGUGUUUGUCAUUAAUAUGUUACUGCCUAUGUACCUUCGCCCUCUCGACUUUGGCAAUGUACAGCUAAUGCCUGGCCUCUACCUUGGAGAUGUUGCUUGCCUGCUUCUCACCAUUCCAGUGCAGUUUGGUGUCGGGAAGCGGUUUUACAUCUCCAGUUAUAAGUCUCUAAAACAUCGCUCGCCGACCAUGGAUGUGCUCAUCGUGAUGGGUACAUCUGCCGCGUUUUUCUACAGCGUCUUUACAAUGGUGAUGGCCUUGAUUAUCGCGCCUCAUAAGCGACCCAGCACAGUAUUUGAUACGAGCACGAUGCUUAUAACGUUCAUAACACUCGGUCGCUGGCUGGAGAACAGGGCUAAGGGACAAACCUCCGCCGCGCUCUCUCGGCUUAUGUCGCUGGCCCCAUCAAUGACAACUAUCUACGAUGACCCAAUUGCGGCAGAGAAGAUGGCAGAAGAAUGGGAAUCCUUUAGAACCGAUAACGGCGAGCAGAGGUCAACAUCUGAUAAUGAAAGGCCUGGACCAGGACACCAAGUUAUCCCAACUGAACUGAUUGAGGUCGGCGACAUUGUCGUUCUUCGCCCUGGAGAUAAAGUUUCUGCAGACGGCAUCGUUAUUCGAGGUGAAAGCUAUGUUGAUGAAAGCAUGAUUACUGGUGAAGCUCUGCCAAUUCACAAGGCCAAGGGUAGCGCCGUGAUCGCUGGGACAGUGAACGGCACGAGUUCUAUUGACUUCAAGGUAACACGGGCGGGCAAAGAUACACAAUUAAGUCAAAUCGUCAAGCUUGUCCAGGACGCGCAAACAAGCCGGGCACCUAUUCAACGCAUGGCUGAUAUCGUUGCAGGAUAUUUCGUCCCAGCGAUUAUUAGCCUUGGAUUGAUCACUUUCUUUGGUUGGAUGGUAAUGAGCCAUUUGUUACCGCACCCGCCUAAGAUUUUCCUAGCGGAUGAUAAUGGCGGUAAGCUCAUGGUCUGCCUGAAACUGUGCAUAUCGGUCAUUGUCUUCGCGUGUCCCUGCGCCCUGGGUCUUAGCACUCCGACGGCAGUUAUGGUUGGCACUGGUGUUGGUGCCCAACAAGGAAUUCUCGUCAAAGGUGGUGCUAUUCUUGAAGCCGCCACAAAGAUUACUCAUGUGGUUUUCGACAAGACCGGAACCUUGACUACUGGGAAAAUGAGCGUGGCUGAGGCCAAGAUUGAACGCCACUGGACUUCGAAUGAAUGGCGUCGUAAACUCUGGUGGCUGAUUGUCGGCCUCGCAGAGAUGAACAGCGAACAUCCUAUUGGCAAAGCAAUCUUCUUUGCAGCUAAGACAGAGUCCGGUCAUUCUGAUGACGGUGGGCUGCCGGGAAGCUUAGGUGAUUUUGACGCUUGUGUUGGAAAAGGUAUAUCUGCCUUGGUCGAGCCCGCAUUUAGUGCGGAGCGCGUCCGGUACCGCGUCCUAAUUGGAAAUGCCACGUUUUUGAGGUCCAGAGACAUCUCAGUGCCUGAAUCUGCCGAGACCACGGAUUCUGAUACGACAACAUCAAAGGUUCCUGCUGGGAUUACGCGAAUCCAUGUGGCAAUUGAUAACCAGUACACAGGAACGCUCUUGCUCCGGGACACUGUCAAGGUAACCGCAGUAGCAGCGGUUGCAGCUUUGCAUCGUAUGGGUAUCUCCACAUCACUCAUCACAGGCGAUACACAUGCUACCGCUAUAUCCAUCGCGAACGCCGUUGGCAUCUCGCCCGAAACUGUCCACGCAUCUGUCUCUCCCUCCGACAAGCAGUCUAUAAUCUCCUCACUAGAAGCAUCAGGUGAACGAGUUGCCAUGGUCGGAGAUGGAAUCAACGACUCCCCAGCCUUGGCCACUGCUUCUAUCGGUAUCGCGCUUGCUUCUGGUACAGACGUCGCCAUGGAGGCGGCCGACAUUGUUCUGAUGCGACCCGACGAUCUACUGUCCGUGCCCGCGAGUCUGUCACUCUCUCGAGCAGUCUUCAACCGCAUUCGGUUAAACCUCGUAUGGGCUUGCAUGUACAACGUCAUUGGUCUGCCUUUCGCCAUGGGCUUAUUCCUCCCCUUCGGUGGAUACAUGCUACCCCCCAUGGCAGCCGGCGCAGCAAUGGCAGCAUCAAGCAUCUCGGUCGUGGUGAGCAGCCUCCUCCUCAAAUUCUGGCGCCGACCACGUUGGAUGGAUGCCGAGAAGCUCGAGAAACAGGUAGAAAUGGGCAGCCUCAGCUUCCGUGGCUCCCGCAAAAGCUGGUGGGAAGCAGCCCUCUCCGUCAGUGGAUCCCGUGGUCGUGGCGGACCGUUGCGAUGGAUCAAAGGCACAAGGAUUCGGUCCUUCUUUACUGGUAAACCAUCCGGUCAUUUGGACUCAGACGAAGGCUACGUCCCGCUGCAGACCGUCGAACCUGCCGUUUAA